ACACGGGAUCGUCCGAUAUAGUUGAAUACAUUAUAGAUAAUGCUCAACAUCAGAUACUGGAACUUAUUCCUGCGUAGCACAAAAUUCUGCCGGACCGUGAAAGACCGAAUACAACUAAUUGUGUCUGACGACGUGAACGAAAUAUCUGGUGGAGAAAACGAAGGAGCAACAAAUACAAAUGAAGAGGAAAAUAAAACAUCUGGACCAUUUAGAGGUGAUAUAGCCGGAAAUGACGAAAAUGGAGGCGUCAUUCCUAAUACAAAGGCCGAAGAUGAAUUAGUGAAUUUGGUAGGAUCUAGAGCAGUCCUCACUUGCAAUGCUGAUGCAACUGCAAUUAGAGAUCGCAUUAAAUUAACAUGGUUGAGAGGUAACCAACUCUCAUUAUCAGAAGAACAUGAUAUUAUCGAUAAUAUGCUAGUUUUAAGAAAUGUUCAGAAAUCGGAUCAAGGACUGUACAACUGUAUAGGUAUUGAAUCCGAUGGAACUGUUGUGUUUAGUCGAUCCAUUACAUUAAGAGUAGUUGAACCUCCAAGAAUUGUUUUGAACCAACUCGACAAGUAGUUAAACGAGGUGACA